CUCAGAGGGUGUUCUUAACAAAUGAAAAUCAGAAACAAAACGGGGAAAGGGGAUGUGGAGAAAAUCUUGGAAUUUUUCUAUUACUCUUUGUAAAUCUCAAUAAGUUAAUUUAGAAACCAUGGCUGCAUCUGAAACACCCUUUAUUUUAUCUAUCUUGAGUUUUUUGUUCAACCAUUUUGUUUGAAAAAAAAAUGAUUUUAUCAGGGGGAAUGAAAGCAACUUUUGAUCAUAACAACUUCAAAAUCUACAUGGGUUGUACUGAUAAAUCUUACGAGGUGCAUUAUGGUUUGGUUUUACUUUUCUCUCUCCUGUAUGCUUCGAGUGGGUUUCCAGAUUCACUGCAAUCCCUCCAAAAGGCUUUCAGGGCUGCUGGCAUCACCUACAAGACCUUGGACCAGCUUCCCGAAUUGGUGAAGGGUAUCCAUGGAAAACUCAAAUAUGGAUAUUUAGAAAAUGGAAUGAAGUGGAUUUCAUGGGAAACAAUUAUAUCACCAUCUUGGAUAUUCUGUUUCUCGACGAAAAUGUUGUCAAUGGGGUGGAAAUUCAAGGCUCACUAGCAUCAGUGUGGUGAAGUUACCUAACACAGAACGCACCACCUCCAUCUGAUUUGUGAAACAUUCAAGCGUGAAAAUGUCUCUCAUUAUGAUGAUGAUCAAGAUCAGCCCAACAAAAUGAAAUCCCUGCAAAAAAGUUGGUGACGACACAUCCAUGUAUGUCUUUGGUUAAGUAUGAUUCAUCUGUAGUAAUUUAUCUUUAGUGAUACGGAAACCACAAUACAGAUGUGAACUGCUAGAACUUUGAAGCAGGAUCCUAUAUUAUGUUAUCCCUUUUCAACCAUUUAUCUAUUACUGGAUUUAUGGCUUUGUGCUCUAUAAAUUCGUACCAAGAUUUUUUUAAUAUUUUGUUCAGAUGUU